AUUUGGACUAUAUAAAAAACCCAACCGAACUUGAUGUUACAAUUUUGAACAUAACAUUCAAAAUUGUUAAACCAAGAUCUGGUGUGUUUUAACCUACAGAUAUUUCAAACAGUCGAUCAUGAGAGUGCUAUUUGGAAUCUUGGUUUUUAUGGUUGCAGUUCUUUGCUUCUUGGAAGUGGCAGGCACGACAACUUGCCCAGAUGAACACACGCCUUGUAACGACGGAAGUGGAGAGUGUUACCUUACAUUUGCUAAAUGUGGACAUCCUGGAUGGUGUUCACAUGGCUCAAUAGAUCAAACAGCUGUAUGUCAAGGUCCACCCGAUGAAGGUUUUAUGAAAUGCAAAGAUCCUCGUUACUGGUUUCCGAUCGAAGCUGCAUGUAACCACUGGCGAUGGUGUAGAGACGGAGCCGAUGAAGACCCAGAAAUGUGCGGAGAUUAUAAAGACUUUAUGGUUGUUCAAAAUGUACAAUAA